UUAGUAUACAUGUACGGUUAUUGGAGAGAUCUUAUUUGACCUUUACCUCAGCAAAGCCAUGGCUUAGACAGGAAUGCGUACAAGUGCACUUGUGGUAAAACUGUCAGACAAAUAGGAGCUUUUUUUUCUCUUCUGUUUCUUUCUCUUUUUUUUAACUUCCUGAAAUGACCUGACUGUACAGCAGUGAUAACAAGCUCCUGUCUGCUGGCUUUCCUUUCUGUUCCAAGCCCACGUGAAGACGGCCAGGUGCCUCAGUGCCACCAGAAGAUUGCAAUUUCCCAGGACAGACUGUUGCUGAUGUCUGAGCAUCCCAAUGAGGAUACAUAACCAUUCCAAGGGAGUGACCCCUUCAGUUGACCGAUCCCUGAAUGGGAGUUCAGCUACAUGGGUGAUGCAGAGCACUGGUGAAACAGACAACUGCUCCGAGCCCGGAGCAGACUUCCAGCAUUCUCUGUAUGCAGCUGCCUAUACGCUCAUCUUCAUCCCAGGAAUCCUAAUGAACAGCAUGGCUCUCUGGGUGCUCUACCGCUUCGUAAGAAAGCACAACAAAACCAUCAUCUUCAUGGUGAACUUGGCCACCGCUGACCUCGCUCAUGUGCUCUCGUUGCCUCUGCGGAUAUAUUACUACAUUAACUACAGAUGGCCAUUUGGGACGUUCCUUUGCCAGUUCUGUUUCUACCUGAAGUAUCUCAACAUGUAUGCCAGCAUUUGCUUCCUUACUUGCAUCAGCGUGCAAAGAUGCAUCUUCCUCCUCUACCCGUUCAGGGCCAAAGACUGGAAACAGAGGUAUGACGUGGCCAUCUGUGUUGUCGUGUGGAUCUUCGUUGGAGCUGCCUGCUCACUCUUCCUCUUGUUCAGGACUUUUAAUAGCCCUGAGAAGUGCUUCACGGAGCUCAGCAUCAACAAGAUUGGCAGCGAGACCAACUCCAUCCUGCUGGUGAUGGUGGCUGAAGUUGUCGGGUUCUUGCUCCCCCUGGUCAUCAUCGUCUAUUGCACCAAGAAAACGAAGGCUUCACUUCAGGAAUGCCCAAACCCAUUGCAGAAUGCCACUGAGAAGCAGAAGGCGUUACGGAUGGUAGCAUCGUGUGCCAUCGUGUUCUUGGUGUGCUUCACGCCUUAUCACAUCAUGUUUUUCUUCUUCAUGUUGGUAAAAGAGAGGCUGAUCAAAAACUGUGCCAUAAGACAGAGCAUCUUGUACAUCCACCCAUUUUGUUUAAGCCUUGCGAGCUUCAACUGUUGCUUGGAUCCAAUCCUGUAUUUCUUUACCACAUCCGAAUUUCAGAAUCAGAUGUCGAGGCACAGCAGUUUGGCCAUCAGGAGUCGUUUGAUGAGCAAGGAAAGUGCCUCUUCUGUUAAGGAGGAAAUGCGUUGGACUUCAAAUUAGUUGGCGAAUCAUAGGAAUGGAGUUGUCCUGCUCCAAGUCAGACCACUGGCCAGGGCAGGCCAUGAAUGGCUUUCAGUCCUUAGGCUGGGAGAAGCUCUUAAGAGGUGCAUUCCAGCAACCUUUGCUCUGAAGGUAACAGGGCAGGGCCAAAAUUACCAAAACUAUCAACAUAUUAUAACUCAAAGCUCUUACUGACAGCAGUUAAGGCUUAUGAGAGGCAUUCCAUUCUUUAAGAAUAAGGAAAUGUACAAAACCCAGGGAAAAACUGAGGGAUUGGUACUUGGGGAAAGCAGUCGGACUAAAGGAAGAGUGUAUGACCCUUUGGGGGACACUAGAGGUCUGGAUUGGGACACCUGCUAUGCUGUAUUUGAACCUCUAGAACCGAGGUUCUGCAUUCGUGAUCCACUCUGAAAGAAGCUAGACCCGAGGUUCUGCAUUCUUGCCCCACUCUGAGUGAAGCUUUGGUGUUGGAGAAGCUUCAGCCAGUCUCUCCCAGACUUGCCUGGAAAUGGCAGGGCCUGAACUUGGGACCUUCCGUAGAUUGUAGUGAAAAAGGACCAUUGCCAAUGCUCUGGCCAUAAGAACCCAAGAAAGGGGCUGGGGAUCACCGUGCAAGCCCUUCCUCAAGGAGUGAGGAAGGCAUGCAUCUCCUCUUAAAAGCCCUUGGAGUUUUGGCAUUUUGCCAUCGGCUCCCAAGCGAAGCUCUUGCUGUAAGUUCCAUCCCAUCUCAUGAUGUUCUGGCUGAAGCCUGGACCCACGAAGCUUAGAGCGGAACACACGGCGCUGACGGGACUUCUGAAAAGCCGUGUGCCCUCGAAAUACGAGAACUGGACUUGAUUCCUUCUCACCUCAUGAUCAAGGUCACAGAUUAUACUCUGCUCUUAUUUGUGCAAAUGCAUCUUAUCUUGGCUGCUCCUGCCCUCUGUUGGUGAAGAGAAGUAAUUACUUUCCAAAGUAUUUGCAAAACUUGUGGGUGAACAAGCCGAAUCUGGUGCCAUUGAACUGUUGACUAUAGUCUUUGAAUAAGUGAAAAUAGCCGUGCCUUGGGGCAGGGUAAGACUUGUGAGUGCGGCUUCCCUAUGACACAAGUUUUCAUGGGCUUCAUAGGACGUGUUUUCCUAUGUUGGCAGAUAUACAUGCAUAUAACUGGGGCCAUUGUUGGGUGGUAGCUGAUGGACCAUGAGCUCCCGGACAACCCCACCCCCCCACCCCGGUUUGCUCCUCCUCUUCUUCAUCAUUAAAACUAAGACUUUUGCUGAUGCCAUCAUGAAUGGCUUAGUCCUUCAAGUGCCACAAGAUUUUUUUCUUCUGUUUGUGUUGCAAUGGCUAAGCAAGCUGUUUUCUCCCUCUGGGAGGGGAUAUUAAUCCAAGUUGCCCCACUAAUUCCCAGUGCUGUGCUCAGGUGCAGCCUUGGUGGUAGGUUAAAGGGCUGGGUUCGCUUUCGGGUGGCAUCUUAGGAUUGCCAAAAAAGAGAGAAUGCAUGAUUUUAAAAAGGACCGAGAAGACCUGGAUUCAUGUGAAGUGCUUGUACACACACGCACACACAGCUCUCUAUGCGCUAGCACCGAUACGUAUGUGUUGGUGCACAUUUAGAAACUGCAACUACUUAAAACAAACAAAACCACAGUAGAUCUCACCAGAAUGGAGGAGACAUUGAUGGGGACCGGCGUGCCUGGCUCAGGCUGCCGUCCAGGUGCUGCUACCUGUGGGUGGGACUCCAAGCUGCCCCAGCCUGGCCAACCUGCUCUCCCUCCCUGCAGUCCUUAGCGAGCCCCUAGGCUGCCUGCUUGCCAGCUGGACACGCACAAGGUCCACGGGAGCCUGGCGCUUUGGGCAGGAGCAGGAGACGAGGGGCAGCCUUCCUCCAGAAUGGAGCAGGCCAGCAGAUUGUGGAGAAGGGGACUCUGCCCACUGGUCCCAGACUGGACAGAGGUUUUCCCACUUGCCUCCUGAAGUCUGAGUAGACAAGUAUAUCAGUCUUCACUGUUCACACCAUAGCUAAACACACAUCCCAUCCUGGUGCCCUCCCAGAUCUAUAGAGCUGGAACUCCCAUCAUUCACCAGGUAGAGAAAAUCAAACUUUUAGUCCAGCACGACUUGAGUGUGGGCAGCUUGAGCGAGUUUUGCGGAAAUCGACUCCCCAGCCCCCUUACCUAUUGCUAAUACUUUCUUUUUACGUCUUGUCUAGUUGUAGGCAAAAUGGACAUUUUGUAAAAAUAAAUUCUGUAUGUUAAUAAUGUGAUCUAAACCUA